AUGGACGAUUUUUCCGAUGAUGACUUGGAUAACCUGAAUGUGACGAUUCUGCAGGAACUCGAGAAUAAUGCCAUUCAAUCCACCCAAGCACAGAAGAAAUACCAACAAUCGCAAACACACCAAAUAUUAGACUAUGAAUUUGAAGACGAUGACCUUGACGAUUCCGUUGUUCAAGAUGAACUGGGGCUCAACACCACCUUGCUACCAAACAAAACUGCUCAAUUACCAUCAAGGAUAAUCCAACACCAUCAACCCCAACCACAACCACAACCACAACCAAGAACACCAUGGGGUGGGCCAGUGCCUGUUCCUGCCAGUCGCUUUCGCCCGCAACCUAUAGAUCCUUUACGACCAUCAUUAAAUAUUCCUCCUAGCUCUCAUCUAUCCCAACAGCCCGUCUCUCGUGCUCCAAUCCCGCAAUAUGGCCAGAUUCGCCAUCCGCCUCCUUUGCCCCGACCUACUCCUUCUAUUCCCCCGAGAUACCAAGCUUCGCAAGCUGCGCGACAAAGUGGCAUCUCAAGUCACGAACUUGCUGCAUUACAAGCUCAGAUAUUGGAUCUCAAAACACGACUUACUACCAAGGAUGGAGAAAUAGGCAUCGUCCGAAAACGAUUGGAGAAGAGUCGCGAAGACCAUGAACGCGAGCUUCAGGCAUUGAAGAAGCAGACAGCCGAACAAGUCGCAAAGCAGGAAAGAGCUCUCGAGGCUGCGAAAGCUGCUCAACAGGCCGCCUCUACAGAGCUCGAAUUCACAAGGCGAGAUCUCAAAGACGAAAUAGAUCGCGUCAAGCGCAAAGAUGGGCCCGCAACGCCCAGGAAGAACACAGUCGCCAAGUCAUGGGGCAUAUCCGACGGAUUUGAGGAUGUCGAGGUAGCUGUUAGUCCGACCAAGGGGAAGCGCAAUAAGAAUACCGGAGCUGUAGCCAGUGUCGUAGUGGAACCGUCCUUACGAGCUGCGAGAACUCCAACCAAGGGAAAGAGGAAACGUCCCAAUGUGGAUAGUCCUGUAAGGGCUUUGGAGACUCAUUCGGAGGACGUAGUAAUGGUAGACAGUGUUAGCGCAAACGACGCCAAUCACACCCAAUUAGUGAAUGCUAUGCCUAGAACUGCUUCUCUUGAUUACAUAAAAGUGAUACUCAACCAUAGUUCAGCUCAUGGUCGUCCACUCGUCUUCGAAUCCCUAGCUCGCUAUGCGCUUCCAUCGCAGCCCACAGAAAGUAUAGCCUCGAUCCUCUUUCAAAAGUUGGCGGUUAUUGGGGAUCCUCUUAACCCCAUGCGACUGCCUAUAGAAUUCUGUGAGCAAGUCAUUCAACUGUGGGAUAGUUGUCGAAAGGAAGAUUGCCUGGAGCCCAUAAUGGAGCUCGUCUCGCUAGUGUCUCUCACUGUCCAGUUGUACACUGUUGCAGUUUCACCGUAUAUCGCUGCUUCUCUUCUACCAGUCGCCAUGGAUUCCUGUUACGAGGUGGGAAUUCCUAGGUUCUACCACGAAGGCCCUGGAAAUCCAACCAAGGAGUCCUGGAAAAGUUUCCAUGCUAACAUAUCACCUACCGAGAUCCUGUCUUUGCUAUAUCUGACUGCCUUGGGCUGCGCAGCCUCGCCUCCAGUCGGAGGUGGUGUUACUGAUCCUGCAGUUGAUUUCUGGGGUCAGGUUCAGAUUGAGUUUGUACUCAUGCAGCUCAGUCAAAAACAUCCGGUAGAGGACUACCUAAUUAUGCUAAGGUGGUUGUGUACUUCUGUGUUUCCCGACAGUAUCGGGCCAAUUAGUCCCAAUAGGACUGUAGAGGUGGUAGCAGCUACACUAAUCGAGCGAAUUUCUCUCCAGCUGGUGGAGACCCCGCGUUGGGAUAUCGAUCAAUACAAGCUGCGAACGGUUCGAAACGCAGUGUUACGAACACUAGCCGCUUUUGCUAGGUCUUCUUUCGGUCUUGCGCAGCUUGCUAUUAACAAUUAUGCUAUUCCACGUUUGGUCACCUUGCUUUCAUCGUCUAUAGACGAGCUCUACGAUGGUGAUAUGCGAUACGAGGCUUCGGAAGAGGAUAUUUCACAAAGGGAGUUACAGGCGUUGAUCGCACAUACCACGUUACUACUGCACACAAUCAUCACGAACCCUUUAACUGCGGAUUUGGUGGAUGUACCAGGAAAACUGAGCAAGUCGAUGGCAGGCUCGCAGAAAUAUCUGCUCAGCUUGGGACGACUUAACUUUUCAGAGGAUUUGGUAUCGGAAGAGACGGCGGAACUGGCGCACGAGCUCCUCGAGCUGGCUGUAACACCGGAAGAGGGAGAGGAGUUGGGUCGGUUCUUUGGGGGAUGA